UGGGUUUUUGUAUUCAGCAGUGUGUAGGAAGGGUGGUUAGUAAUGUGGUCCUUAUUUUCCGUCCUUUUAAUUGGAGUAGUUUGUUGUAAUCAUAGUGAAUAUUUAACACAGCAAGAGAUUCUGAAGGGCAGCUUCAGGGUGACUCCUGACCUCAUUCCUAGUGAUUGGGUUCUUGCCUCCAUUACAAGUGUUUUCCACUCCUCCUCCUUGCAUGCUAUUGCUGCUCUGUGUGGGGAGCAGGCAUUACUAGUGAUAGUCAAGUUAGACCUACUUGGAACUGGCUACUUAAUCCAGGCUGUGGAUUUGACUCUUGGGCCUGCAGGGUGCCUGUUCACUUAUGUGGAUGCAGGGACAAACAUUGUGCUGUUUUACUAUCCCCUCCCUGAGUGUGGCACUACUGUAAUGGUAACCAAGCACCAUUUCCUCUACUCCACCCACCUGUACUAUAUGCUAAAGGAACCCAGGCUGGCUAUAGUGAGGACUAGUUCAGACAUUGCUCUCAUUGAGUGCCAUUACCCCAGGAAUGAUGAUGUCAAUAGUCAAGCUGUGUGGCCCACCUGGCUCCCCUUCAAAUCUCUCUUGAAGAGAAGAGGAUUUCUAUCAUAUUCUUUGCGACAGAUGAAUGAUAAGUGGGAUGCAGAGCGUGUAUCAAAUGUCUACUAUCUGGGAGAGCUCAUCCAUAUUGAGGCCUCUGUCAUGACUAUAGACCAUGAGCCCUUGAGACUUUAUGUUGAUAGCUGUGUGGCGACAGUGACUCCAGACAAGGACUCCACUCCCAGAUACCAACUUAUUGAUUUCAAUGGUUGCCUGAUGGAUAGUCACGCUAGUGAUUCCUGUUCUUCUUUUGUGUCUCCAAGAGUUCAUCAGGACAAACUCCAGAUCAGCCUGUGUGCAUUCAGAUUCUCCAAGGGAAAGAACUUGAUUUUCAUCACCUGUAAUUUAAAAGUCACUGAGAUAGAUGGAGUACCAGAUUCAGUCAACAAAGCUUGUUUCUUCCAAAAACUGGACAACGAGUGGAUGCCUGUUGAGGGAUUGAAUGAAAUUUGUCGAUGCUGUGACCAUGGGAACUGCAGAGGUAGCAGAAGAAAUGUUCUCUUUCAGCAGAGAGCAGCUGUGUCUCUGUCUCAGGAAGACCAACUAAGGAAGGCAGGUGAAAUUCAGAUGGGACCCUUGGUAAUCCUGGCUUCUAGAAUGCAAAGAGAAAACCAGAAUAUAUCAAAUGGGCAAGGAACUCCUGAGCACAAUGGUGUGGACCUGAUGAUUGUAGUGGGAGUCGUGGGGGCUGUGGCUCUGCUGCUGUCAGCCUUGGUGGUAGGGGGAGUUGUAAUCUGUGGAUCUCUGACUAUUAACAAGCUGGUCAAGCCCUCCAUUUAGCCCUGGGCUUGAAUUAACCUGAGCAAACCAAGACGAAGCAAGUUUCUGCAAUGGACGAGCUGUCAUAGAUAUCACUCACGCUGUAUCUGGAAUGUCUGACCUCUGCCACUUGUACAAGUGGCAAUGUCAUUUUAAAUGUAAAAUGUUAAUUAAAUGUUGCUCUUUUUGGAA